CGAAGCACUCAGUUGAGCACCUCGAUAUCUGCAAUCCUAAAGUUGGUCAGAUGGCGAGCGGCGGCGGGAAGGUGACGGCCUCGUCGUGGGCGGCGGCGAUGAGCGUGGGCGCGGGCACGGUGGAGGCGCUCAAGGAGCGGCACGCCGGGCUGUGCCGCUGGAACUACCACGCGCUCCCGUGCGUCCUGCAGCACGCCGGGAACGGCAAGACCAUGGCGGCGCCCGCUGCCGGCGGGGCGGCGGCGAGGAGGAGGAAGGCGAGGCAGGAGCAGGAGGAGGAGCUCCGGACUGUCAUGUACCUCAGUAACUGGGGACCAAACAACUAGCUAGCUGAUUUGUCAUCAGUCCUCUCUUCUUCCUAGAUAGCUAAAACGGUGCACUGGCUGCACCAGUUCGUUUGGCUGGAUCUGGAUGUGAAUUGUGAACACAGCAUUAUGCUCCUUGUCGAGCUUGCGUAAAACAC